CCUCUUGAUAUUUGUGCAGUAGAAGAAGAUGGAGCCGGCCAGCCUCAACCAAUCAGACGACUACGACUACAACAACUCGACGUGGCUGGUUGGGCCCUGCACCUUCCAGCAGAACCACAGCGUGGAGCGGGUCCUGGGGCCCUACGUGCACUCCCUGAUCUGCAUCCUGGGCCUGGUGGGCAACAGCCUGGUGGUGGCCACCUACGCCUGCUACAAGCGCACCAGGUCCAUGACGGACGUGUACCUGCUGAACGUGGCGGUGGCCGACCUGCUCUUCGUGGCGUGUCUUCCUCUCCUCGUGUACAACGAGCUGUGGGCGUGGCCGAUGGGGGGGGCGGCGUGCAAGCUGCUGCGCGGCUCCUACAGCGUGAACCUGUACGCCGGCAUGCUGCUGCUCGCCGCCAUCAGCACCGACCGCUACGUCGCCAUCGUGCAGGCGCGCCGCAGCGCCCGGCUGCGCUCGGCGGCGUACAGCCGCGGCGUGUGCGCCGCCGUGUGGACGUCCGCCGUCCUGCUGUCCGUCCCCGACUUCUACUUCUACCACCGCUACGAGCCGUCCCACAGCGUCUCCACCUUCAUGGACGAGGACACGGAGGACGUCCCCGAGGCGAAGGUGUACGUCUGUGAGUUCAGGUUCACGGACCACACCACAGCGGUGAACACCAAGAUGGCGGUGCCCAGCACCCAGCUGGCCGUGGGCUUCAUCCUGCCGCUGCUCGUCAUGGUCUUCUGCUACACCGCCAUCAUCGUCACCCUGCUGAAAGCCAGGAACUUCCAGCGGCACAAGGCGGUGCGCGUGGUCCUGGCGGUGGUGGCGGUCUUCGUCGUCUGCCACCUGCCGUACAACGUCACGCUGCUCUGCGAAAUCGCCAACCUGUUCAAGCUGCAGUCCUGCGACAAGGUGGACACACUGAAGGUGGCCAAGACCGUGACGCAGACCAUCGCAUACCUGCACUGCUGCCUGAACCCGGUGCUGUACGCAUUCGUCGGCGUGAAGUUCAGGAACCACUUCAGGAGGAUCGUCCAGGAUCUGUGGUGCCUGGGGAAGAGAUACAUCGCUCCGCGACGAUUCUCCAGGGUAACCUCCGAGUUCUACGUGUCCAGGAGGGAAUCUACCCGCCGUUCCGUGGACGGAUCCAGCGAAAAUGGCUCAUCAUUUACCAUGUGAGGAUGCCCGGCCGGUUCAUGUGUGGACUUCCCUCCUAGACCCAAAGAUCAGAGACUUCCAUCCUAGACCCAUAGAUCAGGAACAUCCCUCCUAAAGCCAAAGAUCAGGAACGUCUUUCCUAGACCCAAAGAUCACAAACUUCCUUCCUAGACCUGAAGAUCAGGAACUUCUUACCUUGACCCAAAGAUCAGGAACGUCCUUCCUAGACCCAAGGAUCACUAACGUCCCUCCUAGAUCCAAAGAUCAGGAACUUCUUACCUUGACCCAAGGAUCAGGAACGUCCUUCCUAGACCCAAAGAUCAAGAACUUCCCACCCAAAGAUCAGCGAUGUUUCUCCUAGACCCAAAGAUCAGGAACUUCUUACUUAGACCCAAAGAUCAGGAACUUCUUACUUAGACCCAAAGAUAAGUAACUUCCUUCCUAGACCCAAAGGUCAGGAACUUCCCUAAAACUGAGUGAAGUCUGUUCAUAAUUUAGAUGUCAUGUGUUGCUUUAAGGUGCAGGUCUGACAACAUCCAUCUGGUUUUAAGAUUAUUUAAAAUGAAAGCCGGGCAGAUGUUUAACAGCUCACCUGGAGACCGAAGAGAGAG